UGUGUGAUUUAUUUUAUCCCUUCUAAAGCAAAUAUCGUAAUUCCGUUUACUGGAUUAAGCAAUGGUUAUAGUAGUCAGGGUCCUUAUUUACUAUUUUAGACCCAUCGCGCGUUCAGUAUUAAGAUGAAACCAGGCGUUUGGUACUGGGCUGUCGGUGGGAUUUUGUCAGUAACAACAGUUCUUGGAAAUGGCCUGGUGAUAUAUCUUAUCAUUUCAAGGAAGCGCCUUCAUAAAACAGUCAAUUGGUUCCUGUUUUCGCUCGCUGUGGCUGAUCUUUGUGUCGGUUUAAUCCAAUUUCCAUCAAAGGCCUGUAUGUCUGCGUCACUGUGCAGCAAGUGUAUAACAACAGCCACGCGAUGGUUAUUUCUUAAUUCAUCGAUGACUAACUUAUGUUCGCUAACAGUUGAUCGUUACAUCGCCGUGUUCAAACCAUUGAAAUAUGCGGUAUACAAGACGAAAAGACGACAUUUGGUCUUAAUUUCAGCAGCGUGGAUUAUCCCAUUUGUUGUUCAUUUUGUUCCAUUCACAUGGAUGUGCUGUGCUGGGAUGAAAAAUGCUGUGAGAAACUUUUUGACAGUUUUACUGUUCUUAUUCAAACUUCCUCCCAUUCUGUUAUUAUUUAUAGCUUGCUCCAAGACUCUAUACAUUGCGCGGAAGCAAAAAGAGCGAGCGAGUGUUCAACUUACUCAGUUGAGGUUUAACGGUUUUUGUCGCCAGAGUGUUAGCACUAUCAAGUCUCAAACUCAACCAAGCACAUUUGCCAAAGCUCUUGGAAUCAUAGUGGCCAUCUUUUUGAUUUGUUAUGCAAUUGACAUCGCUCGACUUAUCUGCUAUACAUUUCACUGCUCAAAGUACAUUCCAUGGCUUGUUGUAAAUCUGCAAAGCUUGCUAUUCGUGUUCAACUCGGCAAGUAAUCCAAUAGUGUACGCUUUUUUUAAGCAAGACAUUCGCCGUGAACUCAAAAGUUUUAUUAAAUGUUUUGCUUCUUGAACGUUCGCGGCAACCACAGGGACCUUAACACGUGUUUGCACUUGGCUUUUAAAUAGAAGGUCUGCGACUUAAAACACAUUUUUUCCGCGCCAUGGUCAAGAACAGCUUCGUAGUGAAAGUCUAUAUUUCAAUUCCGCAUGCUAAGAAUUGUUAAAUUAUUCUGAUCAUACUGGUAA